UGAUGCUGCAGCCAAGAUGGCGCCGGCGGCGGGGGCGGCGGCCUGAGCGCGAUGCUCCGGCUCAUCCGCGGCUGCGGUGGCAGCGGCGGCCUCGGGCCCAUCACGGACAGGAGCGCCCAAGCGCCUGUGGUCGGGCUGGGUGAGCGCGCACUGAGAGCCGGCCGCGGGGAGAGGAGGCGGGCGAGCUGAGCGAGCGGCCGGCGCCAUGGCGGGUCUCAUUAAGAAGCAGGUCCUCAAGCACCUGUCCAGUAUGCAUAUUCUCUUUCAGAUUUACCAAAAAUCUAUCCCCUGACAAGAUCAAUCUAAGUACCCUUAAAGGAGAAGGUGAACUGAAAAAUCUGGAGUUGGAUGAAGAGGUCCUGCAGAAUAUGCUGGAUCUGCCAACAUGGCUUGCCAUCAACAGGGUGUUUUGUAACAAAGCCUCUAUCAGGAUUCCCUGGACAAAGCUGAAAACACAUCCCAUAUGUUUGUCCUUGGAUAAAGUCAUAAUGGAAAUGAGAACAUGUGAAGAACCACGAGCACCCAAUGGCCCUUCACCAAUCGCAACUGUUUCUGGACAAAGUGAGUAUGGCUUUGCUGAAAAAGUAGUAGAAGGGAUUACCGUCUCUGUAAAUUCCAUUGUGAUCCGAAUUGGAGCAAAAGCCUUCAAUGCUUCCUUUGAGCUUUCCCAGCUCCGGAUCUAUAGUGUGAAUGAAAACUGGGAGCAUGGAGAUUUAAAGUCUACUCGUAUUCAAGAUCCACAGAGGGGAGAGGUUUUGACAUUUAAAGAAAUAAAUUGGCAAAUGAUUCGAAUAGAAGCAGAUGCUACUCAAAGUUCACAUCUGGAAAUUAUGUGUGCUCCUGUUCGGUUGAUAACAAACCAGUCAAAAAUCAGAGUCACUCUUAAAAGAAGGUUAAAGGAUUGCAAUGUCAUAGCAACAAAGUUAGUUCUGAUACUGGAUGAUUUAUUGUGGGUUUUGACGGAUUCCCAGUUGAAGGCAAUGGUACAAUAUGCAAAAUCUCUCAGUGAAGCUAUAGAAAAAUCCACAGAACAAAGAAAGAGUAUGGCUCCUGAACCCUCACAGAGCUGUAUGGUAACCCCAUCUACCCAACAAGUGAAGACACCACAGAGUUCAAAUGCUCCUGAUGUGAAUGAUGCAAUUGUGAAAGUGUUCAAUGACUAUGAUGUUAAAGAAACCUCCCAUCACUUAGUAAUUUCUCACCUAGAUCUACACAUAUGUGAUGAUAUUCAUACUAAAGAAAAAGAGUCAAGUAGACGCAUUACUGGAGGGGCUAUGCAACUGUCCUUUACCCAGCUCACUGUCGACUAUUAUCCUUAUCACAAAGCAGGAGAUAGUUGUAAUCAUUGGAUGUAUUUUAGUGAUGCAACCAAAACAAAGAAUGGAUGGGCCAGUGAGUUGUUACAUGAAUUUGAAUGCAACGUUGAGAUGCUGAAGCAGGCGGUAAAGGACCAUAAUGUAGGCUCGCCUCCUAAGUCCCCAGCUCACGCUUCUCCCCAGCACACACAAACAGAGAAGGAUUCAGUUCUGAAAGGGACUUCUAGGACACCUUCAGUAUUAUCUCAACAAUCAAAGGCCAAGUUAAUGUCCAGUUCUGUUGUGGUCAGACUCGCAGAUUUCAAUAUAUAUCAGGUUUCUACAGCAGAGCAAUGUCGUUCUUCCCCCCAAAGCAUGAUUUGUUGCAAUAAAAAAUCACUAUAUCUUCCACAAGAAAUGUCAGCCAUCUAUAUAGAGUUCACAGAAUAUUAUUAUCCAGACGGAAAAGAUUUUCCAAUUCCAUCUCCCAACCUUUAUAGCCAGCUGAAUGCACUACAGUUUACUGUGGAUGAGAGAAGUAUUCUGUGGUUAAAUCAAUUUCUGUUGGACCUAAAACAGAGUCUUAAUCAGUUUAUGGCUGUAUACAAGUUGAAUGACAGUUCAAAAUCUGAUGAACAUGUUGAUAUUCGAGUAGACGGCCUAAUGCUAAAGUUUGUCAUUCCUUCUGAAAUGAAGUCUGAGUGUCAUAAAGAUCAACCACAUGCAGUUUCUAUUCAGAGUUCUGAGAUGAUUGCCACAAACACGAGGCACUGUCCGAACUGUCGGCAUUCUGAUCUAGAAGCUCUGUUUCAAGACUUUAAAGACUGUGAUUUUUUCAGUAAAACAUACACCAGGUUCCCCAAAUCUUGUAAUAGUUUUGAUCUCUUGCAUCCUAUCUUCCAGAGACAUGCUCAUGAACAGGAUACCAAAAUGCAUGACGUUUAUAAAGGGAAUAUUGCUCCCAAAUUGAAUAAACACACCCUUAAAACUUCUGCUGCCACUGAUGUCUGGGCUGUGCACUUUUCUCAGUUUUGGGUAGAUUAUGAAGGUACGAAAAGUGGGAAAGGACGACCAGUAAGUUUUGUGGACUCUUUCCCUCUUUCCAUCUGGAUUUGUCAACCAGCAAGGUACGCAGUGUCACAAAAAGAGCUGCACACCUGCAACCAAGUGUCUCUAAAUACGUCACAAAGUGACUCCAGUGAUCUGACUGGCCGACUGAAGCGGAAAAAGCUCUUAAAGGAGUAUUACAGUACGGAGUCGGAACCCUUGACAAAUGGUAGUCAGAAACCUUCUGGCAAUCGUUUAAGGCAGUCCUCUUCCGCCCCAGAUGCAGACAUUCAUGUCCUGGUUCAUGUUCAUAAACAUGUCAGUAUGCAAGUCAACCACUACCAGUAUCUGCUACUGCUGUUUCUCCAUGAUUCACUUAUUCUGCUUUCAGAAAACUUAAGGAAAGAUGUAGAAGCUGUGACUGGUAGCCCUGCUAGCCAGAUGUCAAUCUGCAUUGGGAUUUUACUUAAAAGUGCAGAAGUGGCUCUUUUGCUACACCCAGUGGACCAAGCAAAUGGGCUCAGGUCUUCUUUUUGUCAAAGUACGAGUCCGGCUGUUCAUGACUGUUUGCCUACAGAAAAUGGAGAACUUUUGUCUUCAAAAAGGAAGCAAGUCAGUGGUGUGCCUCAGAGUAGGCAUGUAACUGUCAGUCAUAUGUCAGACAACAGGUCUAUGAGUGUUGACCUAAGCCAUGCCUCUUUGAAGGAUCCUUUGCUUUUUAAAUCAGCUAGUGAUACAAAUCUGCAGAAAGGUGUUUCUUUUCUGGAUUAUCUAUCAGAUAAACAUUUAGGAAAAAUAAGUGAAGAUGAAAGUGGUGGAGUGGUUUGCAAAAGUAGUUCCGGGGAAGUUGGAUCAGAAACAAGUACCAGACGGGACUCAUCUUAUGCAGAUUCAAAUGAUGUCUUAAGGCACAGGCAAGAUUCGAGUAUACAGGCAUCUGGUAAUGGUAACCAAAGUGUACAUCCAAAUAAGCUAACUAGAACAGGAAGUGAAAACACAGAGUCAAUCUUCAAGGCUGAAGAUUUGCUUUCAGACACAGCUUCACUUUCUGAGAACCUGGAUAUCAAUAAAGAAGCACCCACAGUUAAAACACUUAAGUCACAGUCAUCUUUAAGAAGCAUGAAAAGGAGCUCUUCACAAAUCUCACUGGACACCGUUUCACUUGACAGCAUGGUACUGGAAGAGCAGUUGUUGGAAAGUGACGGAAGUGAUAGUCACAUGUCUUUGGAAAGAGGUGUUAAAAAAAACUCAACAAUCAGUUAUCAGAGCCCAGCAGAGAAUGCAAACACCGGUGCAAACCUACAGAAUUAUGGGGAAACUUCCCCAGAUGCCAUCAGUACAACUUCAGAGGCUACUCAAGAAAAUCAUGAAGAGAUGAUGUCUGUGGUGGUAUUUAAAAUCACUGGUAUCAGUGGGGAAAUCGACCUUCGAGGGGAAGAUACAGAAAUCUGCCUUCAGGUGGACCAAGUGACGCCUGACCAGCUAGGCAAUGUCAGCCUCCGGCAUUAUCUUUCUAACCGUCCAGUAGGUUCGGUUCAUAAAGCUGUAAUCCAUUCCAAAUCCUCUCCUGAGAUCACACUGAGAUUUGAAAGUGGGCCUGGUGCUGUAAUACACUCUCUGCUUGCAGAAAAAAAUGGAUUUCUGCAAUGCCACAUAGAAAACUUUAGCACUGAGUUUUUUACAUCUUCUCUUAUGAAUAUUCAACAUUUUUUGGAAGAUGAAACAGUUGCAGCAGUGAUGCCAAUGAAAAUACAAGUUUCUAACACAAAAAUAAAUUUAAGAGAUGACAGUCCUCGCGGAAGUACGGUAUCUCUUGAGCCAGCUCCAGUAACAGUUCAUAUUGACCACCUUGUGGUAGAGAGAAGUGAUGACGGCUCAUUUCAUAUCAGAGAUUCUCAGGUGCUUAACACUGGACAUGAUCUGAAAGAGAGUGUCCAGACUGACUCGGUACUGCUCACCAGUGGAAAGUGUCAUCUGAAGGACCCACCCAGUGUCACUCAGGCCACCCAGACGAGUCCAGAGGCUCCUUGGCCUUCUCAGACAGUUAACGUCCCUGAAUGCUCCUUUGGCUUCACCAGGGAACAGCUCAUGGAAGAGAACGAAUCUCUUAAACAGGAACUGGCUAAAGCUAAAAUGGCUCUUGCAGAAGCUCAGCUGGAAAAAGAUGCUCUUCUCCAUCAGAUAAAGAGGAAGACAGCUGAAUAGCAGAAGUGGCAGUAAACACUCAGGUUAGCUCUGAAGUCAUGAGGUCAUAGCAAUAGUGUGAUGUUACCAACUAGUAGGAGACUCUCCUCUUUGUCAAAAGAGAAUUCGAAUGGGGUAGGGUGAAGUGAUGACUAUUCCAAAGCCGGUUUGUAAAGUUACACACAUUACAAUCUUCUGGUGGUUUUGUGUUUGGGAGUUUAACCUUCUUUUAAACUGAUAUGAUACAGGAAAGUCAACACAUACUUAAGAUAAUUCAUGCCUGAUGAAAAGAAGAUGGCAUUUCCUAAUUUUGAUAUCACAUUAUCGACAUUUAUUUAAAAAAAAGAUAGACAAAACACUGUUGAGUCCCCACAGAUGGCUAAAUUUAUGUAUCAUUAUUUGUUAAUAAUUUACUAUUAUUUACAAAGAUUCAAAUGAUUUUAUGGUUAUUGUAAUAUAAAAGGAUGCUUGCAUUUUAAAUGUUAUUAAAAUUAUGUACUUAAAUCUAUACUGAAUUAUUAUAAAAAGUCCACUCAGCUAAUAAAUUGCAUAAUUGCUGGGUUUGAAAUUUCUGGAAAAUCAUUGCUAUACUGAACUUUAUGAAGUUAUUUGAAAAUGUGAAAAAUAUUUUAUGUGAUGGGUAAGUUGUAUAAAUUGAAACUAUAAUUGUCAAUGAAAAUGGUACACAUGUAAAAAAAUAAAAAGCACAAAUUGUAAAAAAGCACAUUACAGUAUGUGACCAACUGAUUUCAGAAGCACUAUUUGUAUGUUCUUUCUACGCAUUUUAUGUUAGCAGUCAAAGAUUGAUUUAACUAUCCUAUAUUUGGAUUUGUAACUAUCAGAAUUUUAACUACUACUAUUUAUAUUAUUUCUUUAUCUUCAUCUUUUCUCUCUUUAAGGAGGAGGAUGUUUUCAGAGAACUCCCUUUUCACACACAUAAAACAAUUUCAUACCACCCUUGUAGUAUAUCAUAAGUGAAUGUCUUCACAUACUGAGUUUAUAAAGCUAGUUUUAAGUAAAGCUAUCAGUGACAUAUACAUAGUCUAUAUUAAGAAUGGUUGGUAGAUUUUUAAUUCUAUUUUCUAAGGAUUAAGGUUGAAAUCAACGUGAAAGAGAAUCUCGGUAUCAUGCUUUAUGAAAUAAAAGUAUAUGAUUGUUUACGAAAUGGAUUUUUAAAGAUUUAAAAUAUAUUUCUGAUAGAAUUUAACUAAGUGUUGUCUAUUUUAAAACUCACAUUCUUAAACAUAAGUAUAUCCAAGAUAGAACAUGAAACAGCUGUACUACUCUUUCUUUAGGAUACUUGAACUUUUUAAAACCAUAUUGAAACACUUUAUGGUGCUUUGCUUGUUUGACUUAGCCAUUCUGCAUCUGAGUACUGGCAAGAAACAUGUUCCCUUUACAGUAAGUGUUGGAGUGGUUGGAUUUUAUUGACAAGAGUACUGACCUUUUUUCUUCUAUGAUUUCCAUUGAUACUGUGUGGGAAUACCGGCCCUGUUUUGGGAGAUUAUGAUGCAUCAGUGAACAAAUUAAAUUAUUUAUAUUUCACGUCAGGAUAUUUUAAAAGUCACAUUAAACCAUGUUACUCUUAAAAUUGUAUAAUCGCCUGAGAUUCAGAACAAAAGUUGGGGAGCUGGGCGGUAGCGUAGUGGGUUAAGCACACAUGUAUGCAAAGCGCAGGAACGGGUGUAAGGAUCCCGGUUCAAUACCCCAGCUCCCCACCUGCCAGGGGGUCGCUUUGCAAGCAGUGAAGCAGGUCUGCAGAUGUCUACCUUUCUCUCCCCUCUCUCUUUCCCUCCUCUCUCGAUUUCUCUCUGUCCUAUCCAACAACAACAACAGCUAUGACAAUAACAACUACAACAAGGGCAACAAAAUGGGAAGAAUGGCUUCCAGGAGCGGUGGAUUCGUGGUGCAGGCACCGAACCCCAGUGAUAACCCUGGAGGCAAAAAAAAAAAAAAAAAAACUACACCAAAAGUCUGACAAAAGAGUUAAAAUAGAUAAGCUGUUUAAAUAAGUCCUCAUGUAGAAUGCUUUUGAUUUGUAGGCAUGUAGUCAAUUCAAGUUGUAGCUUCCACUAUACAAAAGCAGGAUUAAUGGGACAUGAACUUCUUCAGAGCUGACAUUGUUUCUCAGGACUAAGCUCUUUGCUCUAUGUAAGUUUUAAUAUUAUGGCAUAUAUAAUUGUCCAGUGGUAUGGAGAAUGAACAUUGUCCUUAUUCUUCUCCAGUUUAUUUGAACCUUUGAAGGAAAUCAUAGUAAUAGUACAAAUGAAACUUGAUAUAGAUCUGAACCAUCUGUGUGGUUUGUUAGAUUCAUAAAUAUUUAUAAGUGAUUUUUUUUUUUUAAGUAUAAAAACAAAGACUAUUCAGAGCUUGCUAGAGCAAGGGCCUCAGCUGUUGGCAUUUUGGCAGGCCCUGUGGGAGGCUUUCUUAUGGAAAGGGAGGUCUUCACAUGUGCUUGGACUGGAGCUUAGUGGCCUGCGGAAGCUACAGACAGGCUGACAAGUGGGGCACCCCUAGGGCUGAGCUAGAGAUGCAGGUCUAGCUUUUCUGGUUGGUCCUGAGUUGAAAAGGGGGUAGAAACGAGGGGCACUGGAAGUUAUUAAGUCCUAGUCAUUGUGGACUGACUGUUAGAGAAAUUUUCUAGAUUCCUGGAUAAUCACUAGAGGUAGCAGUUGGGAUUCCUGCAAGAGGGACUUCUAGUGGGCUGUUGAUUGCAGCUAAGGAGAUAGUUCUGUUUCUCUUUUUUUCCAAACGAUUUUGUUGGAAUAAUGGUUACAGUGCCAUACACAUAGGGGCUCAGACCUGGGUCCUCAACAUGGUGACGUGGCUGAGCAAUUUCCAGCCUGGGGUUUUCUUUUCUGAAGUGUAGGGUUUUUAAAUAUAUUUUAUUAUCUUUACUUAUUAAUUGGAUAGAGACAGCCAGAAAUCAAGAGGAAGGGGGAGAUAGAGAGGGAGAAAGACAGAGACACUUGCAGCGCUGCUUCACCACUCAUGAAGCUUCCCCCUGCCGGUGGGGGCUGGGAGCUUGAACCUGGGGCCUUGUUCGCUGUAACGUGCACUCAACCAGGUGUGCCACCACCCAGCACCUGCAGUGUUUUUUUUUUUUCAUUGCUCUUAUGAAGAAAACAAAAAUGUUUGAUCUGGGAAGGUAACAUAAUGGUUUUGGAAAAGACUUUCAUGCCUGAGGCUCUGAAAUCCCAGGUUCUAUCAAACCUCACCACUAACAUAUACCAGAGCUGUGCAAUGCUCUGGUUUAAAAAAAAAAUUUUUUUUUAUUUGGGCUUGGGGAGAUAGCAUAAUGCUAUCAUGUCUGAGGCUCUGACAGCCCAUAUUUAGUCAGUCCCCAGUACCACCAUAAGCCAGAGCUGAACAGUGCUCUUGUCUGUCUCUCUGCCACUGUCUGUCUGUCUCUCUCUCUUAAAAUAAAAUUUUGUUUAAAAAGUUUACUCGACUGCAAGGUCACAUAUACUAAGCCCACUGUCUACUAUCAAGUAGAGGAGAAUUCUGGGCAUCAAGUGAACUAUUGUCUUAAAACUGCAACUGGCAUCCCGCCUUAGCAAGCUUUCAGUACAGUUUGGCUCUUCUGUUAGUGCCCAGGUUACUGUGCAGUGAAUUUCAGUUACUUUAUGUGGCACCUUCACUGCCCUGUAAGUUUCUGGACGAGUGAAGGUGCUUCUUCCACCACAGGAACCUUUGUUCCUGCUGUUCCUUCAGCUAAAAACGCCUUCCUUAGUUCCCUGCCUCGUUCAUUCCUAUUUGAUUUUCAUAUUUCAAUUCCUUCACCACUUCCUCAGGGAAGCAGCCCCUAAUUUCUGCCACAGGAUAAAGAUUUGUUGCACAGUUUAUCACAUGACCACACACCUCCCUUGGCACUGACCCUUUGUCAUUGUAUAUGUACUUGAUUAAUGUAGACCAUCACGAUUGUAAACUUCAUGAGGACGGGAAUUGUCUUGUUGUCGUAAGUGUUCAACUCUGUAUUAUGCCUUCUAGGCUGCCUGGAUCUUAGGUACUCAAUAAAUUUGUUGAAAGAAUAAAAUAUAUUAAUGAGUUACCAAGAA